UCCAAGUGGCAGACAUGUUACCAAACACAAUUAGGAGCACUGGAGCCCCUAUGCUAGGUGAAGAAUGCCCUCAAUUUCUUUCUCUAAGCACGCCAAGCCCCCUUUUCCAUUGCCUUUUGCCAUGAAGUAUCAUCAUCAUCAUCAGCCCACGCUCCAUAAUCAUAUCUCCCAUCCUUCGUCGUAUGAACUUAGCCCUUCUGCCACCUAAAAACUUUCAUUCAAAGACAGACCAACAGAAGUUAUGCUGCAUUUCCACAAUACAAGAUCCAUUUUGCUAGUUCUUCCUAACCCCACCUCUUCUAAAACAACAGGCAGUCUAUUUCUUAUCGAUUAGUGUCACAGCCACCUAAGCUCUUCUUUCAAUCUGCCAGCUUCAGAAGAUCAGGAAAAAUCGCACUGCUAUGCACAUCGAAGCCCGAGAGUAUCAGGAACAACCGUACAGGUAUUACAGUUUUACAUCCAACGUCUUGUAAAACAAGUUCAUAUGGGCUCCCUCUUCCCUCUCACGUUCAUAAUUCUCUCGUGGGCAUCGUCUGCAUCAAUAAAAUCUGAAGCUCAAGAGAUCAAAUCAGCUCAUGUUCUCGAUCUUUACAUUAGAGAUUACACGUUCAAGGCCUACCAUAAACACUUUCGGACUGGAACAUUGCACACUGUACAUUUACCGUCAAACUUGUCCGGCAUCAGGGUCGACAUGGUGAGAUUCAGAUGUGGUAGUCUCCGAAGAUACGGUGCACAGGUUAAGGAAUUCCAUCUAAAUAUUGGAGUGACUGUGCAUUCAUGCGUGGAGAGAGUCAUGAUAGUUAGACAAAACUUGGGGUAUAACUGGUCUUCCACAUUCUAUGCUAAUUAUGAUAUCUCUGGGUACCAACUUGUUUCCCCUGUUCUAGGUCUUCUAGCUUAUAAUGCUGGGUCCAACAUGAACUUUAGCAACCCUUUUGAGCUUGAAAUUCUUGCAGGAGAAAAGCCCAUCACAGUAGAUUUCAGCAACACCACAAAGUUAGCCGAGAUACAGGGAAAUAUCCCAUAUUGUGCUAGUUUUGAGAGUGAUGGAAAAGUCACACUAGCAAAUCAGGUAUCACCAUAUGUGUGUGUUGCAAGGAGACAUGGCCAUUUUGGAUUGGUCAUUGAGACGCCACCAGAGCUGUUAAGAAAAAAGAUUAGCCGGUGGAAAGUGGUGGUUGGAAGUUCAGUAGGAGCUGCACUGGGUGCUUUUCUUUUGGGUUUGCUUCUGGUGGCAUUGUUUGUGAAGGUAAAGAAGAAAUCAAGAAUGGAAGAGAUGGAGAGAAGGGCCUAUGAAGAAGAAGCUUUACAAGUUUCUAUGGUUGGACAUGUGAGAGCUCCUACAGCAGCUGUCACUCGAACAUUGCCUACAAUUGAGCAUGAGUAUGUACAUCCUAACCAAGGAUUUGUUCAUUUUCGUUUGUGAUUAUUCUUUUUGUAACAUUAGAUGAACAAAACUUAUUUUUUCAUUGGAUAAGAUAGAAAUUCAACAAA